GUUGAUAUCUGCUUCUUUCUGCUGUGAUCAAAGACGGUGACAAAGACCAGCGAGCUGAUUGUGAGACAUUGAUUCAAGGCGAAGGAUGCUUUGUGAAGGCAGAUUGUUGAGCAUGACCUUCGGUGAGUCGGAGGAGCCGGACUCCCUCCCUCCUCAGAAGCCUCUCCAGAGUGCUUAUGGGCCGCCGAGAGCAGCUGCCACCCUCACGUCAGGCUCCGCUACGCACGCCACCCCAAUUCAUCGCACUUCCCCUGAGCCGAUAGCUAGCAUGGACAGCAAGAGUUCCUCAUUGGUGAUGUACUCCUCCCUGUCACACUCCUGCUCUCUCCACUGGGCCCCUACGAGCAGACAGAUCUCCGCAGAGAUAGAGAUCCCAGCUCUGGCUCGCUCAAGUGUCGAUGCCCCUUUCCUGGUCCCGUCCUUCUGUCAGAGCAUCUGCCAGAACUACAGUGACCUCCACAUUGGAGGUGACCAGGUGCUGCCUCUGUCAGCGAAUGAUGGCAAGCUGAGGCUCUGCACUGAAGCUCAGCCUCCUGGCCCCUUCCUCCAGUCCUGUGACGUCCCCCCAGCUGUGGAGGAUUCUCUCCCAGGACAGACAUCCCAGGGGGGGCUUCUGUGUCCACUGAGGAGGGGUUCGAAUCAAUGGAGACAGAGGAGUGGCCGCGAUGUGAGUUUUUUGUUCCAAGGCCGAGAGGGGCCGUUCUCCAACUCCCUUCUUAAUCACUACCUGGAGCAGAAACUAUUGGAUCUGUACCAACAAUAUACGAUGGAAAACAUGGCGAGAGAUGAAUCUGACCAAGGCCCCGUUUGUUCUCUGAUGGGGUCAGAGUUGGUCCUGACCAGCCUGGACCAGAUCACCAUGAAGCUGAGUCGGGAGGGGAACCUGGAGGCCAACGUGGCCAAGGACAUGGUCCUGAGCUGCCUGCUGCGGGUGGCUGGUGACAUGCAGUCGAGUGAGAUCAGUACACCCGUCCUGCAGAUUUCAAACGAGGAGUCCAGGGAGCAGCUGACAGAGGAUAAGGAGGAGUAACCGCAAUAUGAAGAAACCAAUUCUCCCUUUCUCACCAACACCAAAAAUUUGAUUAUUUUAUUCUAUUUCAUAAGCUUCUGAGAGGAGGUUUUUGCUGAAGUUUUGCCGUAGUUAUGUAUCAUCAUUUUUACAUCCGCCAUCCUAUUGGCAUGUGUUUGUGUUUUCGUUUUUUCAAUAAAGAC